AUGUCUAAAUCAUCAGCUUCAACCACUAUGCUUUUGGCGAGGCAAUUCGAGGCCCUCAGGAAACAACCAGACUCGGGUUUCUCAGUAGGACUCUUCGAGGAAGACAACUAUUAUGAGUGGAAGGUAUUGAUUAUCGGGUAUGUUCAAAUACGACAUUGUGCUCUCCUCUCCUGGAAACUGACUCUUUCCCAUACUAGGCCUCCUGAUACCCUCUAUGAAGGAGGAUUUUUGGAAGCUCGCCUGUCUUUCCCGCCAGAAUUUCCUUUGCUUCCUCCCAAGAUGCAAUUCAUUACCGAAAUGCAUCACCCAAACAUUUACAAGGACGGUACUGUGUGUAUAUCGAUUCUUCACGCACCUGGUGAGGAUCAGUACGGAUAUGAAGAUGCUGGGGAGCGAUGGAUGCCCGUUCACACUGCAGAGUCCAUUCUCGUUAGCGUUAUCUCCCUCCUUUCAUCGGACACACCUAAUCUUGACAGUCCUGCCAACGUCGACGUCGCCAAACAGAUUCGAACAAAUCCUGCAGCGUAUAAAAAGGAAGUUCGAAGACUGGUGCGAAAGAGUGCAGAGAAAGCCUUCGAGUAG